AUGUCGAAAACUCGAUAUUUGGUUCAAUUUGAACUUUUGAGGAACACUGUGGAAAUUUUCCCAAUUUCAUUAAAACUACAAGGGCAACCUUGUCUGAUUGUGGGUGGUGGGCAUAUUGCUUAUCGCAAAGCAGUAUUACUUGCAAAAGCAGGUGCAGUGAUUCAUGUAGUUGCACCUGAUAUAGAGCAAAACCUCUUAGAUAUUGUCCAUUCAACUCAUGGGCAAUAUCAUGCAGAUAAAUUUGAUCCUCAAAUUAGCCUAAGUAGCUAUCGUUUGGUGAUUGCUGCAACCAAUGAUAAAGCGGUCAAUCAAGCUGUUUUUGAAGCUUGUGAAGAUUUAAAUGUGUUGGUCAACAGUGUUGAUGAUCCUCCACAUUGUCGCUUUAUGGUGCCUGCGAUCAUUGAUCGUUCACCAGUGGUGGUUUCAAUUGCCACCAAUGGUGCUUCUCCUGUUUUAUCUCGCCAGAUUCGUACUCAGCUUGAAGCGUCUAUUCCACAUGGAAUGGGUAAACUUGCUGAUUUUUCUGGGAAAUGGCGUAAAGCAGUUAAAGAACAGAUUACUAAUCCUGAUGAACGUCGAAUCUUUUGGGAAGAUUUAUAUGCCAGCCCUUUAAAAGAGCAGGUGUUUAAUGACAAUCUCAUAGAGGCAGAUCGUCUAAUUGAACAAGCUUUAACAAAAUGGCAAAAACCAAAAGGUGAAGUUUAUUUGGUUGGUGCAGGGCCUGGUGAUCCAGAGCUAUUAACCUUAAAAGCACUUAGACUGAUGCAGCAAGCGGAUGUGGUGAUUUAUGAUCGUUUGGUUUCACCCGCGAUUUUAGAAUUGUGUCGCCGUGAUGCUGAAAAAAUCUAUGUGGGUAAAGCGCGUUCGAAUCAUUCUGUGCCACAAGAUGGGAUUAAUGCACUACUGGUCAAAUAUGCCGCAGAAGGCAAACGGGUAUGUCGUCUAAAAGGUGGUGAUCCGUUUAUUUUUGGUCGCGGUGGUGAAGAAAUUCAAGAGCUUUUUGCAGCCAAUGUUACAUUUCAAGUCGUUCCAGGUAUUACCGCUGCAUCAGGGUGCUCAGCUUAUGCCGGGAUUCCGCUUACACAUCGUGAUUAUGCACAAAGCGUUCGUUUUUUGACAGGACAUUUAAAAGAAGGUUCACCUGAGUUACCUUGGAAUGAGCUGGUUUAUGAAAAUCAAACAUUGGUUUUAUAUAUGGGCUUGGUGGGACUAGAAAAAAUUUGUGAAAACCUAAUAUCACAUGGUCAACGUCCAAAUAUGCCAGUGGCUUUGAUCUCCAAAGGGACAACCCCGGAUCAAAAGGUGGUGGUUGGAACUUUGGCAGAUAUUGCAUCAAAAGUGGAAGAAAACCAUAUUCAAGCGCCUACUUUGACCAUUAUUGGUGAAGUGAGAUCUCCCGUGAUUCAUGUUGUUUUAUACGAGCCUGAAAUUCCUGCAAAUACAGGGAAUAUCAUUCGUUUAUGUGCCAAUACAGAUGCACAAUUACAUUUAGUCAAGCCUUUAGGUUUUGAACUGGAUGAUAAGAAGUUGCGUCGUGCAGGAUUGGAUUAUCAUGAAUGGGCACAUAUGAAAGUUUGGGAAAACUUUGCUGAAUGUUUGGUACAUUUAAAGGAGCAGGGAAUUGAUCUUGAUGCGAUUUAUCCUUUAACCACCAAAGGUACUGAAACACCACAUACCUCAGAUUUAAACCGACCUGUGGCUUUAUUGAUGGGGCCAGAAACACGUGGUUUACCAGAAGAUGUUCGUAUGAUGUUCCCUCAGGCGCAUUGGAUUCGUUUACCUAUGGCACCGAAUUCACGUAGUCUGAAUUUAUCGAAUGCCACUGCAGUGAUUCUAUAUGAAGCAUGGCGUCAGCAAGGAGCGAUUCGGAAAAUCGCUUAA